AUCAAUUUUUCCUUAUGAAAUCUAAAGAUUUUAUGUUCUUUUUCUAAGUUGAAAAUUAGUCUGUUUGAUCUUUGAUUUCUUACUGAAGAAUCAAGUCCAAUGAGAGUAAUUAUCUGCAUAUUUGAAUAUUUUACAAGUAGAUGUGUUCAGCUAUUGGGUUAAGAUAAUCCGAGUGCCAGAAACACAAGACUUAUUCAACGAAAUGGUUCAGAAAACUAGACUCAGGAUCCAGUGAUAUGGCUUAAGCCAAAAGCGAAACACACACACAUUUGAAGCCAUAUCAUAGCUGUGUAGGUAAAGAGAAGUUUUCAACUGGUCAGCUGGUGGUCUCAGGCAGAGCCAAACGUAUGCAGAUAACGGCUUCAUUUUAGAAAAAAUGGGUCUUUCAUUGGAAACUUGGUUGUGUUAAAAGAAAGAUCUUUAUGACCCCACUUGCUGAUAAACGCGAAAGAUUAUGUAUGUACAAAACCUUACGUGGCCAACCCCAUACAGCCAAGGGCUUAAUACACCAAGAUCAUCCUUAAAUGCAGUGUUACCUAGAAUUAUUAUACAUAUUACGACACUGUUAGUAUCCCCAUUAUUGUCUUUGGCAUGUCAUUUUUUGGGAUAAUUUAGAAUGCAAAGAUCCCAAAUUCCAUUUCAUUAUAAAACUUCUUUAUUGUGAUUAGUCUUUUUCACUAAACCUCCUUUUGUUUCCUCAUAAAUGAUUCCGCCCUCUGAAAAUUGAUACGUUACAGGAAAUUCUAAGGCUAAUAGUCGAAUAAUUUCAUCAAAUGUCGCAAUUUUCAUGGGAUGAAAUAGUAUAUUUAAGAGGAUCAGAGUUGAAUGAUUUCUUGGUUUGUAUCGAUAAAUUCCUUUUCUUGUAUCUUUACUGUUCUGUUUUCUACCCACUUAUAGAAGACAAACAUAAGAACCCAAAUUCUUGCAUAAGGGCAGUUCCCAUAUCUGAAUAGUUUUUCAGUUAAUCGGCACAAGUUGCCAAUUUCAGUAAUAUGCCCCCUCGAUCUUCUAUUGGUUGAGUCUAUAAAUUGCAGGUCUUGGCCCUUCAGAUCAUCAACAGUUCUAACAAAAGAUCGGUUCUCUUCAGCUGUGAGCUUCUAAGGUUUGAAGUCCUCUAAAUCUUGAUGUAUAUAUUCUUGUUUUUCGGCCGACUAAUUUGCAAAAUAUCAUUUACAGUUCAUAGCAGAUUGGAGUUUAUAAGCUGCAUUGAGCAAAAUGUCUAGUUCUAAACGAUAUGUCAGGUUGAGAAAUUACAUAUUUCUUCUAUAUUCUAGUUCCUGUCGGUAUGCUAACAAGAUUGAAACUUUUGAUGGUUCUUCUACCAGAUUUGAUGCUGAUAUUGAAACCCCAAAUCCUAAUCCUUCAUCUGUGAAGAAAGAUGAUGAUCUGAAACUGGGGAGAAAGCUAUCAAGAGUGUUCUCGGAGGACUACGCAAAAACCAACAAGACGAUUCUUGAUCCUCGAGGCGCACCUUUGAAUCAAUGGAACCAAGUUUUUCUGAUUGCAGCCCUUAUUUCGCUUGCUGUAGAUCCUCUUUUCUUUUACUUGCCUGUGAUCAAGGAGGAUAUGUGCCUGGAUGAGAAUGUUACCCUCAAGAUAACCCUCACUAUCAUCCGUUCGAUUGUUGAUAUCUUUUAUGCCAUCAAGAUUUACGUUCGGUUCCGUACAGCUUAUGUCGCUCCUUCUUCUCGCUUGCUUGGAAGAGGAGAGCUGAUUCUAGACUCUUCUAGUAUUUCCGAGAGGUAUCUGAAGGGUGAAUUUUGGCUCGAUUUCUUGGCCACGCUUCCUAUUCCACAGGUGAUGACUUGGUUCCACAUGGUCAAUACGGCGAUGAUGAGUACGAAAACCAGCGUGCUAUACUUUAUCAUGAUUCAGUUCCUCCUGAGGCUUUAUCUUACAUUUAGACUCGGAUCUCAUAUAUCAAAGCAAGCCGGUCUUGUGGCUAAUGUAGCGUGGGUUGGGGCUGCUUACAAUCUCGUGCUUUUUAUGUUGGCUGCUCAUGUCAUUGGAGCGAUGUGGUAUCUUCUAGCGAUCGAGAGGCAAGGGCUAUGCUGGGUAGAAAUAUGCGAUCUUGAAACGGAAUGCAAACGCAAAUAUUUCGAUUGUGUUAACGUCAAUCUUCCGCUUCGUGAAGCGUGGUACCCAACUAGCAACGUCUCACGUAUUUGUACGGAUCCGGACAACUUCCAGUACGGAUUGGUCGAGGAUGCAGUACAAUACAGUAUCGCUUCGGCAGGUUUCUUCAAAAAGUAUUCCUACUGUCUCUGGUGGGGUCUCAGAGGCUUAAGUUCAGCAGGCCAAGAACUUCAAGCAAGUCCAUUUCUAGCAGAAACACACUUUUGCAUACUCAUUGGGAUUACUGGAUUGGUACUGUUUGCUUUGCUCAUUGGCAAUAUGCAACAAUAUCUCGAGUCUAGAACUAAGCGACUAGAGGAGUAUCGGGUGAAACGGAUGGAUACCGAGCAAUGGAUGCACCACCGGCAUCUGCCAGACGAACUGAGGCAGCGGGUUCGCAAACACGAUCUUUACAAAUGGAUUACAACUCGAGGGGUCGAUGAAGAAGAAAUCCUCCGAGCCCUUCCUUUAGAUAUUAGGAGAGAUAUCAAGCGUUAUGUUUGCGCAGAGCUCGUUAGAAGGGUUCCGCUUUUUGAUCAAAUGGAUGAACGCACCGUGGAUGCAAUAUGCGAAAGACUAAAACCCGUGAUAUGCACACCGGGAACGUGCCUAGUUCGAGAAGAGGACCCCACAAACGAGAUGUUGUUCAUCAUGCGUGGUCACUUGGAUUCCUACACGACAGGUGGAGGUCGCUCUGGUUUCUUGAACCAGUGCGAGAUUGGGCCCGGUGACUUUUGUGGUGAGGAAUUGCUGACGUGGGCACUGGACCCACGCCCAAGCGUCAUCAUUCCAUCAUCCACACGCACAGUCACCGCCAUUUCUGAGGUGGAAGCUUUCGCUCUCACCUCAGAAGACCUCAAAUUUGUCGCCACGCAGUUUCGUAAGCUGCACAGCAAGAAAUUGCGGCACACGUUCAGGGUUCACUCACACCAGUGGAGGACUUGGGCCGCUUGCUUCAUACAAGCAGCCUGGAAACGGUACAAAAGGCGAAACGAGGCUGCUAUGCUUAAGGCUAAAGAGACUUCCAACACGCCGACCAUAAGCAACAAGCUGAACCGAGCAAGUAAGAAGGGGGCGAGUUUGUCGAUGUUGGCAACAAGUAUAAGACGAGGCCGCAUAUUCGAAUCCAACGAUGUCAUUCAUAGCCCGGUGCCAAAGCCGAAGGAUCCCGAGUUUUUAGAAGAUAAUCAUGAGUAAAAUGCGAAUUAAGAAAAUGUAGCCGUAAUAACUUUGAACUCAAUUUAAAAAAAUAUGGUGAACGUUAUUGGUAGUCUACAACUUUGAGCUUAUAAGGAGGUUACAGAUCUACUUUUUAAUGCA